CCUGUCUGCUCUUUAGAUACAGUAUGGCGGCUCGGACUUGCGGAGGAGGACAACUUCUUAUAGAUUCCUCCCGGAAAACUGUAGGAAAGCGGCGGCUCUAACUCCCAGCCGGUGUCGGCAAACACGACGGACGACGACCGCGCAACCUCUGGCUUUGUACAUAGUAUUUGUAUCACCCCCGCUGGAAGAUAACCGGAGCUUGUGUGAUGCAGGAGGACCCGCAGUCAAGAAACUCCCCUGAUUUUUCCGCGUCUGCCCCGGACUGUCAGUUAGCCGGCUAGCUGCUCGGUAGCGCACCUCUUCAUGCUAACACUCGCUUGCGGGGCUCCGUUGUAGCCAAAAGGCGGGCUAGCUUGCUGCUUUUAUUCACUCCAGGAGACAGGGAUGGCAUUUCGCCUCCAUCCGGUAAGCCAACUGGUUGAGACGGGUGGGGGAAAAACAUUUGGGCACCUGCUUAAUAAGUUUUGUCGGCAUUCAUUAGCCUAGCCUAGCUUACUGGUUCAACGCCAGAAAACGUUGGCAUAGAGUUAGCGCUCUGCCCGUCCGCUAGCGAGCUAGCCAAUUAGCAUUUCAGUUGCACAAGAAGACCUGCUAAUCCCUCGUUCAGCCCGGUUAAGUGGUUCUGUCGCUUUUGCGCUAACGUUAUCACAUUUCAGACGAGUAGUGGACACUGAACAGCUUUGGUUGGCCUCAUUUACCGUACAUGUUAAACAACUGUUUUUUAUUUUGCUCGGCGUUGACUCUUUCUAGGUGUCGUUAGCGACCUUACAGGUGUUCUGUAGAGGGAGUGGUGAGGCUAAGUAGCUAGCCACGGUACCGGGGCGACAGCGUCACUUCGGAUUAUGGCUGUAAAUGACGAGUAGAUUACAGACGACGCGUUGCUAACGUGUUGUCACCCUGCGGUGUGUGUGUGCCCGUUGUUAGCUUGCUGCGAGACGAGACUUAAACACGGCGAGAAAGCGCGCAUUAAUAUUCUUAACUGCCACCGAUGAACGUUGGGCGGCUCGUUUAUUCUGACUCGCAACGCAUCCGAUUAGAAGUCACAGUGGUGUGAGCUCCUGGACAUAACGUUAAACAUGCUGGAAUAGUUUGAUGGACGUGGGAGGCUGUUUUGCAGGCUGUCAGUGCUAUACUCAGUCAUGUCCUGGACACAUGUCCCCCUGCUCCGUGCAUAGUGUCUGCUGUCCCAUAUAUCAGUGUCGUUAUGUAGUGUUGGGGCACAGUCAGUGAGGGGAAUGUCUUGUCUUUUUUCUACCUGUUGGUUUGUUUUUUUAUUUUGAUUUGUUUCAAACACAGGAGAGUCUUGUUGAAUCGAGGUGGGAAAGCGGUGCAGCCCAGGCUGUGCACAGUGGACCAUGUUUAUUAGUUAGUGCCUAGGAACUUAGAGGACUGACAGCUCUGCCUACACGCAGGCCACAGAUAUUCUACUUCAUUCAUUGGGGAUUUGCAACAGAAGACUGCCACUCUGGAUCAAGAAAACCUGCCCCUCGUGUCCGGCUGGAGUAGCACCCUUAAGCCAAAGUCAAUGCCUUCGGCGCUGGCCGUGUUCGCCUGCCGACCCAACUCGCACCCAUUCCAGGAGCGCCAUGUGUACCUGGAUGAGCCAGUCAAGAUCGGCAGGUCGGUGGCUCGGUGCCGGCCGGCCCAGAACAACGCCACCUUUGACUGCAAGGUGCUGUCCAGGAAUCAUGCCCUGGUGUGGUUCGACCACAAGACGGGCAAGUUCUACCUGCAGGACACUAAAAGCAGCAACGGCACCUUCAUCAACAGCCAGCGGUUGAGUCGCGGCUCGGAGGAGAGUCCGCCCUGCGAGGUCCUCUCCGGCGACAUCAUUCAGUUCGGCGUCGACGUCACCGAGAACACGCGCAAAGUCACCCAUGGCUGCAUCGUGUCAACAAUCAAACUCUUCCUACCCGAUGGGAUGGAGGCACGCCGACGGAGCGAUGUCAUCCAGGCUCCGUUACCACUUCCUGUAGACAAGGUUGCAGCCAACACUCCCAGUAUGUAUUCUCAGGAACUGUUCCAGCUCUCCCAGUAUCUGCAGGAGGCCUUACACAGAGAGCAGAUGUUGGAGCAGAAGCUCGCUACCCUGCAGCGUCUGUUGGCCAACACUCAGGAGGCCUCCGAGAGCAGCUGGCAGGCUCUGAUCGACGAAGACCGCCUGCUCUCCAGACUGGAGGUGAUGGGCAGUCAGCUGCAGGCUCACUCCAAGUCCCAGACGGAGGACGGCAUCCGCAAGGAGCUGCUGGCUCUGCAGGAGGACAAACACAACUACGAGACCACGGCCAAGGAGUCCCUGAGGAGAGUCCUGCAGGAGAAGAUCGAGGUGGUCAGGAAGCUGUCGGAGGUGGAGCGCUCGCUCAGUAACACGGAGGACGAGUGCACCCACCUGAAGGAGAUGUCCGAGCGCGGCCAGGAGGAGCUGAGGGAGCUCGCCAACAAGUACAACGCCGCCGUCAACGAGAUGAAAGAGCUCACGGACAAAAUCAAGGCGGCAGAGGGCCGGCAGGAGGAGCUCACCCAGCGGGGGGCGCUGGAGAAGAGGGAGUUGGAGCUGCGGAUCGAGGAGAUGGAGGAGAAGGAGCAGGUUCUCCAGGCCAGCAUCGAAGCUCUGCAGGCCGACAACGACUUCACCAACGAGAGGCUGGCCGCCCUGCAGGUGCGGUUAGAACAGCUACAAGAGAAAAGCAUUAAAGAAAACAACAGCCUGGAUGAGGACAUUGUCUCCCACGGACCGGUAGAGGAGCCUGAGAAGGACAAACGGAGCCUGCGGACCCCUGAGAGCCCCGAGGAGGACGAGGACACGGACACCGAUGAUGGUCCAUUUGGAGGAGAUGAAGAUGUUGAUGACAACUGUCACGUUAACAACAGCGGAGGAGACUCGACUAGAAUCCAACAGUUGAUUGAGUGUCCGCCGGUCAAACAGCUGAAAGAAACCGUGAGUUCUUCAAUCCACAAACUGGCCAACUUUGCUGAAGUGAUGGACGCACACCUACAGAACAACCAGACGGCAGAAGAAGACGACAUCUUGGCCAGCCCUGAUCGCCUUAAAGGCAAUCCAAUGGAUGCCAAAGAGUCGGACAUGUCAGACACUCUGAGUCCCAGCAAAGACCGCAGCAGUGACGACACGUCAGACGGCAACAUGGAUGACCAGGAGCUGAACGAACCCCAGAACAGAGUAGCUCUGCUCAAAGCUGAGUUGCAUCGGGCCGGUCUAGAGCCUGGAGAUACGGAGCAGGUCAUCCACCACCUCCACAGAGAGCUUCUGGACGCCCAGGAUUUAGCCAACACCGGCAAGCAGAGAUGUCUGGAGCUGCAAGCUCUGCUGGAGGAGGAGAGGAGGAGUAACUCUGAGCAGACUGAGGAGUCCACCAAACAGAUCCAGUACCUGCAGACUCAACUUGGGAAGCUGCAGGCUGACAUGGAGGCACUGAGGGAACAGAGGGAGAGCACCAUCUGCACCACCCGAGAGGAGCUCUACUGCGCCCAGGAGGAGAUCCUCGUCCUGCGUCACGCCAUGGAGACGGCCACGGCUGAGCGCGAGCGCGAAAUCGCCGCUCUGCAGGCCGACCUGUGCGGCGUGCGGUCCGAGCUGGAGCGCUGGCGGGACACGGCCGCCAAGUACGAGCGGGAGAUCAGCCGGCUGCAGGAGGCCUUCACGCUGCAGCAGCAGCAGCGGAGCACGGCCAACCAGCUGCAGGCGGAGUGCGCUACGUUGCAGCAGCGGUGUGUGUGUUUGCAGCAGGACUGUGACGGCCUCAGAGGGGAGCGGGAAACUCUGACGGACAAACUUCACCGCCUGGAGAAUGAGCUGAGCAGCACCAGGGAGCAGAGUCUGGUCCUCAGCUGCAGUCUGGAGUCUCUGGAGAAGAGGGAGGGGGUUCUGCAGGAACAACUGGGGUCUUUGGAGAAUCAACACCUGCAGGAUGCAAGCAAGCUGAAGAGCCAGCUGGACCAGGCCCAGACCCACACACACACACUGCAGAGAGAGUAUGAAGACACACAGUCCCAGCUGUUGGACCUCCGUCAGCGCUACGAGAGAACUGAGAAGGAGAAGCUGAACAUCCACCAGGAGCUGGAGCAGUGCAGGAGCAGCCUGAAGCUGCUGCAGGACAAGACCACCUCUAGCGGUUGGAGCCCCUGGAUGCCGGUCAUCGCAGUGAUGGUCGCCGUGACGGCAGCCGUCCUCUACCCAAACCUCUCCAAGAGCAGCUCCACCUAGGACCCACACAGCCCCCCCCCCCACGCACACGUGCACUCGGAGCGCGCUGUGGCGAGAGCAUCACUGCUUUACUUGUAUAAAGUCUAAUUGUACAUAAUUGUAGAGGGAAUAUAAAGGUUGUGGUUUCUACAGAGGAUUCAGAAGCUUCUUGGUUUCUUCUGUUGUUGUUUUCUUUCUGUGAGCCGGAGUUUAGUUGUUGUUUUUUUUAUUCUCUGCUCGCUCAGCUGGGGUGGGGGCUUUUAUUUUAUUUUAGUUUUUUUUUUCGUCUCCCUGCUGAUGUUGUGGGUAAACGAAGCGUCCUCCUGCAGGCCGAGCUUCCACACAAAGCACCCGCCAGAGGCCACCUACGCGUCUUUAUUCCCACCGCCAGUGAACGCAACACUUCUCCAGCAGCCGCGCCCGGUCACAUGGUGCACGGCCUGCACGCACGUGCACGUCGGUCUCCAGCCUCGACUCUACCGUUAUUCAAUAAGCAUCGUCGCCUUUAAUCACUUUUUGGUUUUAGUUCGCUGAAGCUUUCUAUUACAAAAUUACAACAACAAAAAAAGGCAGAUUAAAUUAGUUUGAAGUGAAGCUCCGUCAGAGCUGAGACGGCUGCACGUUUUAUAUUCCAGUGGAUGUUCUGACUAAAAAGUGAACCCGUCAGUCUGCUGGAGAAGGUUCCUGUUCGGCUAAGCGGAGCUCUUCUGUUUGAUUGUUUUUCAGGAGGGGGGGGGGCGUGUGGGGGGUGUCAACACUUGAAGCCAAAUUAUUCAAAAUGAAUAUCUGAUUUAUUUUCUGUUUUAUUUCUUUGAUAUUUUUUUUUCUCUUUUUAGGGCACAGAAAAGAGGCUCAAAGUGCCUCUGAUGUAACUAACAAACACCACAGUGUGUGUACGCGUGUGCGCCCCCACACACACACACACACACUUGUUCUAAUGGCCUCCUGGAGGUCCCUCAGUGUGGAGAGAAGCUGUUGGUGAUCCUCAGUGUUUUACCAGGAUCUUUAAUCUUUCUACUCGUGUCCUCCGCUGAAGGAGGUCAGAAGCUCAGGACCAGCAAGUGGACCUUUUAUUUGAGAUUAUUAUGUCAAAUUAUCGCCACUAACGCUCACGUCUACUAUCGGGUCAUUUUAAGGCGAGAUGACGGGCGGCUCCAUCGCUCCGUUUGGCCUGAAGACUUUUUGUGACUUCUCUUUGCAGCUCUUUUAUUGUGAAAGAGUGAGGUUGAAGUAGGAAUCAGCUUCUCUCCAGAAGAUCUAUGAACACUUCGUGUGUGUGUGUGUGUGUGUGUGUGUGUCGGUGCACACUCUGGACCGUCUGUCAUUGUUCGUGUACUCUUGUCUCGUCUCUGUGUUUAAAGAUACAUAAGUAAAUAAAAAUACAACGAACAAAUAUUCCUGAUGUUUAAAGAGAAUGAAAAAACACUACAAAGAGAACUGUAAAAUAAAAUGUCAUUGAAUGAUGUGCUACUAGACUUAUUUUGUUAAAAUUGUUCGGAGGUAUGAGAGGGAGCUACGUAGAGGUGAGGAUGAUGAAGAUGAAGUGUUGGAUAUGCAGAGUGAUGUUUGGAUUAAAGUUGUAGCAAGCUGACCCACCAAAA